ACUUUGGCUUGGCGUCACCUGCACCGCGACUUCUGCUUUUGCGCCCCCUCACCUCCACCUACACGUCCAUCUUCUCCGCCCAGCAGUGUCGUUUCGAUGGCUGCCAUGGAGUCAGAGACGUCCCCUUCUUCGCAGAAACCCGAGAGCGAUCCGCGCAACUUCAUCUACGCUUGUUCCAUUUGCUGCGCUACGUUUGCCGAUACCUAUGAUGGUCACAACGAAACAGUCCAGGGUCUUUCGGAUGGCAUCAAUCCCAAAGAUCGCGUUGUCACGAAGUUGUACCUUAGCAAUUGCUGCCAUGUCUUCUGCGGCGAGCAUAUUGAAGGCGGUGGCCCCCCUUUUCACCCUGCAGGACAAAAGCCUCGCGCAUCAUGUCCAUGGUGUGUCCAAGAGAACGGCGACGCUACCUUGCGCGAUCUGUAUUCGGUACGCGGUUUUGGCAAGGACGAGUACGACCCUCAGAUACCAUCGAUCUGGUUUACCGCGCCGCCUAUGAAACUCGACGGUUCUACGAAAGAGAUCGAGGCUCUGCGCUUCCAAUACCUGUCACUUGCACGCUACUGCACGGUAUCGUAUCGAACACGGAAGCCGCUCACCGAUGCGUUGAAGAGUACAAAGCAGCAGCUAGUUACGAUGCAGAGCCGCGCUGCAGAAGAGUAUUCGAGAGUUGUAUCAUUGCAGCGUGAGAAUGAGCUGCUGCAAGCUGCUGCACAGCAGGCUAGCGAGGUGGAUGCGCUUAGAGCAGAAGUGCAGCGACUGCAUCGUCUCGAGCAGGAUAUGGAGCAGUUCAAUACUGAUCUAGAAGCAUUUCGCCGUCUGAAGACUGAUGUGCGUGACCUGGGGAUUUUUCGCAAAAACAAGGCUGCCAUACUCCAGUACAUGAAGCUGCUGCCCAAGGUUGUUGAGCAAAACACCAAGAUGAAAGAGCGUCUCUCUUCGCUUGGUUUCGCGAUGGCUGUUGAGCCGAUUCCCAAUCACACACAGCUGACAUCAGACGACCUGAACGAUAUCGGCAGCAUUGCUGAAGCCUAUGCUGAAGACGAUAGGCAGUUCCAGAAGUCAUCUUCGACCCAUACCGCCGGGCGCUCGGCGCACACCUCGGGCCACCCUUUUACAUCCAGCGACCGCCCGCUGAAGCGUCAGAGAGUCGACUCUCCUCUUCCACGGGACAUGCACAUCGACCUGUCAAGGAGUCGCGACAUGAUGCCACCGCCAUCUAAGCCUAUGUCGAGGAUGCGCUCAGUUAAGAGCUUCUUCCCUACGAUACGCAAGAAGUUAUCAAGUAGCCGUUCAUCGCCAAAGGAGCAACAGAAGAACAACGGCGACGUACAGAUGUACGACAGUACACAAUGGCGAGAUGAGGCGGGUCCUUACAACCAGGAUAAUCUAUCCUCAACACAAGAUGACUUGCGCAGUGAGCCGCCUUACAUGCCAGGGGCCUUGCCACACGAGCAAAUACCACAGGGCUCGCGCCUAAUUGCAAACUUAGGACAGCAGACUGACGCAUCUGAGUUCUCUUUUCGUGCAUCGUCACCUGUCAAGAUAAACAGCGGGAGAAGCGAGCAGCAUCCUGUGCAAAUGCCCACAGAACCGUCAUAUCUCCAUCUAAUGGAUGGCUUGUCGCGCGACAACGGCGUCGAGCUAGGCCUCAAAGACCCGCGUGAGAACCGUUCAAGUCGUUCUGCGCUGAACGACACCAUGCGCCCACCAAUCAGAACCCCCCAGAACCAGCGUCAAGCUCACGAGAUGAAUGGCCAGCAACAUUGGCGAUUGGGCCAUGCAUUCCUUCAUCAGUCGCCGAAUGCACCACCGCGGCCAAAUGACCAACAACGCACAUCACCGCAGGCUAGAUCCAAGGGCUUCUUCAGCAGAACACACUACGACCCGUCCACAAAUGUUGCGACUCCAGCUCUACCUCAGCCUCAGCAACCUGUUCGUCGCGUUCAGAACGUCUUCACAUCAUUCCGCCGUCUCUCGGUUACAGAAGUGCCCGACUUCUCAGGCAACAUUCGGAUGGCGUGAGCCACCCAGUCUCAACAGCCUGUCGUUCUUUGACGCACCUCUCGGCGCACGGAAUGAACCUAUCACGCACAAGACUUACCGACAAUCAUCGCAACACAUGUCCUCACAAAACCGUGGAGACGACCAAGUUUCAGACCCAGAUGCCCAACGCAUUUGUUUUGUCCAUGAUAGUGGUUACAACUCUACCAUCAAACCCACGUCCCUUCGGCAGCAACGAGUGCUGGCACAGUCGCAAACACCGCUUUCCCUUCCUUCCAAUCAAGCCCCUCCUUCUCGGAUCGGGCAGC